UGCCUCGCAGCCAGUAGCGCGCUACUGUAGUUAUGCGCGUAGGCGUGCACAACGCACGCCAACACGCACAGCAGCGCAGCCUGUCCUAUUUGCGUACGCCACAGCACGUUGCACGCCCAGUAGCGUGCCCCGCAACGCCCGUACGCCCACCAGCAGCGCUCCGCGCACGCUGGCCAGUGUCCACGCACGCCAGCACGCCCAACAGUGUGCCAGCAGUGCCCAGCAGGCCUCGGUGUUGCCCGACAGUACGGCUGAGUGCCCAGUCAUCCCAGCACGCGUAGCCCGCGUUCCAGUCGCCUGCCUACUGCACGCAGUAGCGCCCGGCAGUGCCCGUGCGUACCAGUGCCGUCGCCA